GACCAUUUGAGUUUUCAGAUGGGCAAACCAUAAACAUUGUUUGGAGAAAGGUCUCUCAUCAAUGGCAGAGAUCUCUGAUAUUACUGCUCAGACUCAAACCGCCAUCUCCGAUAUCGAAGAUGGUGGCUCCGGUGGUGAUUCCAGGUCACCCGAUUUCUCUCGUCCUUUAGUAUCUGUAUCCUUUGUUCAAAAGUUGAUUGGCGAGUUCGUGGGGACAUUCACUUUGAUAUUUGCCGGUUGCUCGGCCAUCGUUGUAAAUGAGACGUAUGGUAAACCGGUGACACUUCCUGGUAUAGCUUUGGUAUGGGGACUAACCGUAACGGUUAUGAUCUACUCAAUUGGUCAUGUCUCCGGUGCACAUUUCAACCCUGCUGUUUCUAUUGCCUUUGCCUCUUCAAAAAAGUUUCCUUUUAAACAGGUUCCGGCGUAUAUAGCCGCUCAAGUUCUCGGAUCGACUUUAGCAGCCGCAGCUCUGCGGCUCGUGUUCCAUUUGAACGACAACGUAUGUAGUCUCAAAGGCGAUGUUUAUGUGGGAACAUAUCCAUCAAACUCCAACACAACAUCCUUCGUAAUGGAAUUCAUCACUACUUUCAAUCUAAUGUUCGUUAUAGCCGCUGUUGCUACCGAUAAACGAGCCACCGGAUCAUUCGCAGGCGUUGCUAUUGGUGCAACCGUAGUACUCGACAUCCUCAUGUCCGGGCCGAUUUCGGGAGCAUCUAUGAAUCCAGCGAGAAGCUUAGGGCCUGCGUUUAUAUGGGGAUGUUAUAAGGACUUGUGGUUAUAUAUCGUUUCACCGGUGCUCGGAGCAUUAUCAGGUGCAUGGACUUAUGAUAUGUUACGGUCUACAAGUAAAUCAUAUGGUGAGAUUAUUCGUCCAAAUUGCAAUAAAGUUUCUUCGAGAGAUCGUCAAGAAGCAUCUCAAGAAGAAAUUUGUGUUCUUCGAGUGGUUGAUCCAACUAACGAGAAAUAUUUCAUUUGUUCAUCGACUACUGAUAUUAAUGACAAAUGUAAUGUCAUAUGUAAGUUGGCUUAA